GAUAAAUACGAAGUGAUUCGAUAAUAAUGUAACACAUGUUUCUUUGCGCAAUACCACGUCCAUCUGCAAUACACAACAAAUCAGUUCAGUUAAAUCAGUGUUCGUAACUAAAUGAAUAGAAAUAGUUAUUGUAAUUGUAUUGAAAUAUAAAUUUUAUAAUUUCUUUAUAGUCUAGUGAUAAAUAUUAAUUGAUAUAAGAAGACAACAGAUCUACAUAGAUACCAGAGAGGCAAAAAAUAAGAGAUAACUAAUCUAAUCUUUUAAAUAUUUCUUUAUGAGCAAAGGUCAUACGUAGUUUUAAGUAUUAUCAACAUGGAAAAGAACAAUGCAUUCUUACAAGUACACAUAGAAAGACCAGUUUAUGAACAAGAAACUUUAAAUGAAGAUUGUCAUUAUGAAAAACCAAAACCACUUGGUUUCCAAGAUGCAAUAUCUGACUUAAAACAUAGAAAUUGGAAAUCAUGUUUUACAUCUGUAAUCCCUUCGAUACAUUGGCUGAGAGAUUAUAAUUGGAAAGAAUGUAUAAUGCCUGAUAUAAUUUCUGGUUUAACUGUAGCAAUUAUGCAUAUUCCUCAAGGCAUGGCUUAUGCACUUUUGGGGAAUGUACCUCCAGUAGUUGGAAUAUAUAUGGCAUUCUUUCCUGUCUUGGUGUAUUUUCUCUUUGGCACGUCUAGGCAUGUGUCCAUGGGAACUUUUGCUGUGGUUUGCUUGAUGACUGGGAAAACUGUGGCAUCUUAUUCGGUAUCACACAUUGAUAUUACAAAUUCAAGUACUACAACUACAUUGUCCAAUUUGUCUGGAGAAUAUUAUUAUACACCAAUGCAAGUUGCAACAGCAGUGACACUCAUGGUUGGAAUAAUUCAGAUCAUAAUGUAUACGUUUCAUCUGGGCAUUAUAAGCACAUUGCUUAGUGAUCCAUUAGUAAAUAGUUUUACAACUGGUGCAGCAGUCUGUGUUUUGAUAUCUCAAAUUAAAGAUUUAUUUGGUUUGAAAAUUCCAAAACAAAAGGGAUAUUUCAAAUUCAUUUUUACAUUGAUCAAUAUUUUUAAAGAAAUACAAAAUACAAAUUUAACUGCUUUACUUAUAUCAUCAAUAACAAUUGUUGGCCUUGUACUUAACAAUGAAUUUUUAAAGCCAUGGGCAAGCAAAAAAUGCAGUAUUCCAAUUCCAAUUGAGUUGAUCGCAGUUGUGAGUGGAACUUUAGUUUCAAAAUAUUUUUGUUUUCCUACCAUGUAUAAUAUUCAAGUUGUGGGUAAUAUUCCUACAGGACUACCAACACCUACAGUUCCAACAUUUCAACUCUUACACUUAGUAGCAACAGAUAGUAUUGCUAUAACUAUGGUUUCUUAUACCAUUACCAUAUCAAUGGCUUUAAUAUUUGCACAAAAAUUAAAUUAUAAAAUUAAUUCAAACCAGGAACUUCUUGCUAUGGGUUUGAGUAACGUAGCAGGAUCCUUCUUUUCAUGUAUGCCAGUAUCAGCAUCUUUAAGUAGAUCUCUAAUUCAACAAACUGUUGGCGGUCGGACGCAAAUAGCUAGUCUUGUAUCAUGUACAAUAUUGCUUAUAAUUCUUUUAUGGAUUGGUCCAUUUUUCGAACCUUUACCAAGAUGCGUUCUCGCAUCAAUUAUUGUUGUAGCUUUAAAAGGAAUGUUUCAGCAAGCCAAUCAACUCAUAAAAUUCUGGAAAUUAAAUAAAUCUGACGCACUAAUUUGGAUUUUGACGUUCUUGACAGUCGUAAUAGUAAACAUCGAUAUUGGUUUGUUAGUUGGAAUGAUAAUAUCGCUUGCAAUUAUUUUAUUACAAAGUCUUAGACCUUAUAUCUGUUUAUUGGGAUACGUACCAAAUACAGAUUUGUAUUUGGAUAUGAGCAGAUUCAAAGCGGCAAUAGAAAUUCCUGGAAUAAAAAUUGUUCAUUAUUGUGGAACUCUGAACUUUGCAAACACCAGUCAUUUCAAAGCAGAAUUGUAUAGAUUAGUCGGAAUAAAUCCAACAAAAGUUAUAGAACAUAAAACUGAGUUAAGAGAAAAAGGAAUAUACAUGGAUACAGAAGAUUCAGAAGACAAACAAGAAUUAAGAUGUAUAAUAAUGGAUAUGAGCGCAUUAAGUUAUAUUGAUUCUAGCGGUGUAAUUGCACUAAAUUCAGUAAUGAGAGAAUUUCAACAAAUUGACGUACAUUUUUAUCUUGUAAAUUGUAGAACUCCGAUUUUUGAGACUAUAAAAAAAUGUGAUUUAUAUUUAUAUGGUACACUUACAUUUAAGAUUUUUGCAACUAUACAAGAUGCCAAAACAUAUUUAGAAAAAGAACUUUAUUCGAGGUAAUAUACGUAAAUCAUCAUACUUACAUACAAGUUACAUUGUACAUGACAAAUAUUAUAUAUUUUAAACAGCUACAAGUUAUUUAUAUAUAUAACGUUUAUAAGCAUAUAAUAUUAAAUCAAAUUCGAAUUUAUUCUGCAGAAUUUAUCAAAACAGAAGUUUAAACUAUUUUUUAUUUUCAUUACAUUUAGUCGUAUUUCGUACUUAUCAUAUCUCAGAAAAUAUUUUUAAUACCGAUUAAAUGCUUAGAACAAAUGAGAAUUAGUACUUAUUUGUUAACAACUGUCUCUGUAUAUUAUAAUUUUGUAAAUGAGUUUUUGCAAAAGCUGACAAAACAUGACAAUAAAAUUUGUGUCCAGCUUCUUAUACUUAGAUACUUAGAUACUUAAAGAUUCAACUUUACAGAGUAGUUUAUUGAAUUUUAAUAAAUUUAGCCAAAAAGUUAAAAUUACUAAAUUAGAAAAAAUGUCAUAUAUUCCAUAAUUGAAAAAACUUAUUUUUGGGAACAGAUUAAAAUGUAUUUUUCUGAUUAUUGUUUCACAACUUGUAAUUACAUAUUUCAUUUAUAUGCAUUGUACACAUAUGUACUCUGUGUGUGUGUGUGUGUGUGUGUGUGUGUGUGUGUGUGUGUAUACAAUUGCAUGAAUUGCGUUAAAUAUAUAUACUAUAUUUUUUCUAUAGAUGUACUUAUGGUUAUGUAAAACUUGUAUGUCAUAAUCAUAAAAUACAUGGAUUAUAUC